AUGACGCACGUGUCUGCCCCGCACCCCGCACGUCCAGCCGCGGCGGGAAAGGUAGCGUACAUCCGUAAUGACACGCCGACGUCGUUUCGCGUCGUGCCGAACGGGGUCUCCUCAGUCGGCCGCGAGCUGUUUGCGGGCAGCAGCAACAGCAGCAGCAUCGCACGUCGCGCGGCGGAGACACGGGAGUGGCUGAAGAAGAUGCGCAAGGAGGUGCGACAGGCAAGACGGAAGGGCGAGGAGGAGGAGAAGAGCGCGUCGCUGCUGUGUUCGGUUCUGCGGGCCAGCAGUGCGCUGAUGACGGAAAAGGCUGCCGGCAGCCGACCCUCGUCGCGCGCCGACCCGCGGCGGUUUCACUUUGCACUGUAUUCCUUUCUGGACGGAACACCAUUUCUGACACCGCAGUCUCUUUGCCGCUACAAUACGGCCCUUGCCGAGGCGUUGAGUGACGAACAGCUGGAUCUGAUUCGUUGCCACGUCUUUAACUACGACGAGGAGGCCUUCGCGGACCUUUUGUAUGCCGAUGUGGUGGCAGAUUCGCUGGAGCAACACGUGCCAUACGGCGGCGACGUCUCGGUUCCCGAAUUUGUGCGGCGCUUCAACGAGAGCUCGCGGCGCGCGCUGGAGCGGCUCGUCGCCGCCCCUGGCGGCCUUGCCGACGCCACCAUCCUCGCGGCGUACCAAGUGCCCAUCGUUGACGAUGUGGCGAAUGUGGCUGAUUACAGGGAGUGA